CGGACGAGACAGCCCGGGCGCUCCCAUGGCUCGGUGCGUUUGCUCCAGCUCCGUCCUCGCCCGGCUGGGGCCCCCGCUGCUGCUGCUCGCCGACCUGGUACUGCUCCGGCCCACGCUGCCCGCAUUGGUCUCCCUGCUGGUGCCCGAGACGCUGCCGCUGCUCCGGGUGUGGGCGGUGGGCCUGAGCCGCUGGGCCGUGCUGGGGCUGGGGGUGCGCGGGGUCCUCAAGGCCACCGCUCCCCGUCGGGGCCAAAGCGCACGAGCCCGCGCUUGGCCGGCCGCUUUGGAGCCAUUGGCGGCGGCGCUGGGCUUGGCCCUGCCGUGCCUGGCCUCGUUCCGAGAGCUGGCCUCCUGGGGAGCGCUCGGGGACAGUGACGGGGCCAGGCUGCUGCACUGGGGCAGUCGCCUCGACGCCUUCUUUCUCGGCUAUGGGGUGGUGCUGGUCGCAGCCGCCGUGUGGCACAAGUUGGGGAGCCUCUGGGAGCCCGGCGGCCAUGGGGGCACUGGAGACAUGGUGCUUCGGCUGCUCCGCUGCCUGGGGCCGGAGCUGCGCCGCCUAUGGCUGGUUCUGGUCCUGCUGAUCCUGUCGUGUCUUGGGGAGAUGGCCAUUCCCUUCUUCACCGGCCGCCUCACCGACUGGAUUUUGCAAGACAAGACAGCCUCUGCCUUCACUAGAAACAUAACGGUCAUGUCCAUCUUCACCAUAGCCAGCGCAGUGCUGGAGUUCCUGGGCGACGGCAUGUACAACAGCGUCAUGGGCCACAUGCACAGCCACUUGCAUGCAGAGGUGCUUCGCUCUGUCCUGCGCCAGGAGACGGAGUUUUUUCUGCAGAACCAAACAGGCAUCAUCACUUCCCGGGUAACCAAAGACACGUCCAGGGUGUGCGAGUCUCUGAGGGAGAAGCUGAAUAUCCUGCUGUGGUACUUGGUGCGGGGCCUGUGCCUCCUGGGGUUCAUGCUGUCUGGAUCGCUGCCCCUCACCAUGGUCACCUUGGCUGGCCUGCCUUUGUUUUUCCUGCUGCCCGAGAAGCUGGGGAAAUGGUAUCAGUCGCUGGCAGUCCAGGUGCAGGAAGCUCUGGCAGCCUCCACCCAGGUGGCCAUUGAAGCCCUGUCAGCUAUGCCUACAGUCCGGAGCUUUGCCAAUGAGGAGGGCGAGGCCCAGAAAUUUAGGCAGAAGCUGGAGGACAUGAAGAUGCUCAACAAGAAGGAGGCGUUGGCCUAUGUGGUUAACCUUUGGACCACUAGCACCUCGGGGAUGCUGCUGAAGGUGGGGAUCCUGUAUGUCGGCGGGCAGCUGGUCACCAGUGGGGCCGUGAGCAGCGGGAACCUUGUUGCAUUCGUCCUCUACCAGGCACAGUUCACCAAGGCCGUGGAGGUACUGCUCUCUUACUUGCCCUGGAUGCAAGAGGCUCUGGGCUCCUCAGAGAAAAUAUUUGAAUACCUGGACCGCACCCCUGCCUAUGCUUCCAGUGGCCUGUUGGCUCCCUCACACAUGAAUGACCUUGUCCAGCUCCAAGACGUCUCCUUUGCCUAUCCGAACCGUCCUGAUGUCCUGAUGCUGCAGGGCGUGACCUUCACCCUGCGUCCUGGAGAGGUGACGGCGCUGGUGGGACCCAAUGGGUCAGGGAAGAGCACGGUGGCUGCCCUGCUGCAGAACCUGUACCGGCCCACUGGGGGCCAGCUGCUGCUGGGUGGGAGGCCCCUGGCCCAGUAUGAGCACCGUUACCUGCACAUGCAGGUGGCUGCGGUGGGACAAGAGCCACAGCUAUUUGGAAGAAGUCUUAGAGAAAACAUUGCCUAUGGCCUGGCCCAGGUGCCAAGUAUGGAGGAAAUCAUGGCUGCCGCAGUUGAGUCGGGAGCGCAUAGCUUCAUCUCCAAGCUCCCUCAGGGCUACGACACAGAGGUAGGUGAGGCUGGGAGCCAGCUGUCAGGAGGUCAGCGACAGGCAGUGGCCUUGGCCCGGGCACUGAUCCGAAGACCACGUCUACUCAUACUAGAUGAUGCCACCAGUGCCCUGGAUGCUAAUAGCCAGCUACGGGUGGAGCAGCUUCUGUAUGAGAGCCCCGAUCGGCUCUCCAGGGCGGUGCUCCUCAUCACCCAGCAGCUCAGCCUGGUGCAGCAGGCCCACCGCAUCCUCUUUCUGAAGGAAGGCUCUGUCUGCGAAGAGGGCACCCACCAGCAGCUCAUGGAGAGAAGGGGACACUACUGGGCCAUGGUGGAGGGGCAGGCAGCUGCUGGAGAAUGACAGGCCUCUGGGACCCGCGCACUACCCUUCCCUCCACUCCCUCCCGCUUUCUAUGGAGACCUUGGGAGCCAGGAUGUUCCCAGACCUGCAGCUGUGACUAAGGGGCGGGGGGAGCUACACGCCAAAAUAUCACCCUCCUAGGUGAUGAGGGAAGCCGGCCACAAUCUCCCUUCCAGGGAGACCAAGAGGAGGCGGGGCGCCUCAGUGUCCCUCCAGGGUGGAUGCUGUGGUGCAGGCAGCACUCGGAGAAUGACAAGAAACAUCCAGGAUGCACCCCAAAAGAAAGGACGAGCUGCUUUUAAUGUGACUCAAGGCAUAUGUUGGCCCGUAGAUAUCCUGUGGGUUCCUACCAUGUAUA